AAUCUACAAAGGAAUCUCUUGCAAGAUUUAUAAAGCUUGCAAAAUCCAUAAAGCAAAGGAUAUAGACGGGCAUUACAUGUGUUUUCUUAGACAGGCAUUGGCACUACAGUAUUGCUAACAAUGGCAUUCAAACUCAAAGGUAAACCAAAAGUCUAUGUAACAAGACUUGUGCCACAACCUGGAAUAGAUAUUUUAGAAAAAGAGUGUGAACUGACAUUUUGGAAAUCAGACGAAGCAAUCCCGCAAGAAGAAUUAUUGAAGAAUGUACGAGGAGUAGAUGGGUUAUUUUGUAUGCUAACUGAUCAAAUUAAUAAGGAAGUGAUAGAGGCUGCCGGACCACAACUUCAAGUGGUAGCUACCAUGUCUGUAGGUUUUGAGCAUAUAGAUGUUGCAGAAUGUGACAAACGGAAUAUUGUCGUAGCUAAUACACCAAAUGUUUCAACCGAUAGUGUUGCUGAAUUAACUGUUGCGCUAUUACUACUUACAUCUAGACGAUUACUAGAAGGUGUGACAGCUGUAAAAAACGGAGAAUGGGGUGCAUGGAAACCAAUGUGGCUGCUGGGUACAGAGAUGACACAACGCACUGUUGGUAUUCUCGGUCUUGGCCGUAUUGGUUACGGGGUUGCCCGAAGAUUACGUCCAUUUGGUGUGCGCAAAAUUCUGUACCACGAUGUUGUUAGCGUCAGCUAUGCCUCUGAUGUUGGUGCAGAAUUUGUGACAUUUGAAGAACUGAUAAAAGAAUCAGAUUUUAUUUGCAUUUGCUGUAAUCUCACAGCUCAAACACGUCACAAAUUCAAUAAGGAUACAUUUAAAAAAAUGAAGAAAUCCGCCAUUUUGGUAAAUAGUGGUCGUGGGGGUGUGGUUCAUCACGACGAUCUCUACGAAGCCCUGGUUAAUGGUGAUAUUGCUGCCGCUGGAUUAGAUGUGACAGAGCCAGAACCUUUGCCUGCUAGCCACCCCCUUAUUUCUUUAUCUAACUGUAUAGUACUGCCUCAUAUGGGUAGUAAUACUUGGGAAUCUCGAAACAGCAUGUCUUCUACCGCCGCCAAAAAUAUAUUGGCUGUAUUUCACAAAGAAAAGCCAAUGGGUGAAGUACAUGCUAAGUAAGCUAGAUUGGUCACAUAUCUUAAAUAUAAAAACAUCGUGUACUGUGACACUGUUAUUAUCCUUGGGCACAUUUUAUAAAAGAAAAGUAUAUAUGAAUAUGCCAGUCGUAAUCAAUAGAAACUAAUGUGACCGUCACAUCUCUCUAAUAAAUAUGACAAGAGCUCCUUGAUGUUGGUUAAAAAUGUUGUAUGUUGUUUAAUGUUGUAAUCUGUCAAAUUAAGAUAAAGUCAGUUCUGAGAUAUUACUGAUUGUGUGUGCCACAAUGAACCCAAGACGUAAUAUUUUGAAACACAACUUAUGUUUAAUCUUACAUAUAAAUGGCUUGGGCCAUGUUAUUUGAAAUGAAGCAACAAAGAUUUACUCCCACUGUGCCAGUUUUAUUGUUUAGGGAUUAAUCAAAUAAUUAACGAUACAACAAUGGGGAUUAGUUAGGAUUAAGGGUUUACCAGAGGAUUAACAGUUUAAUUUACACAUUAUUAUACUAAAAUACAAUAUUUAAUUUAAAAUAUUUAGCAUAUAAUGUACAAGUUAUCAUUUAAACAUUUUAUUUAAUCAAACAUUUUCCUAUUAAUAAUACAUCUUCAACAAAAUACAUCUUACAAUCCAACUAAGUGGGAGACAGCAUCCCCGUACUCGAUGACGGUCUAAUGCCCUUCAUGGAGGCGCCGCUUUUCUGUUACCAGUCUGUCUUCCAACUGCCGGUACUUCCUUUUUCUGGGUUUGCUAGAGGCACCAGCAGCAAGCUGUUUCAGGGUUACAGCGACGAACGCCUGUUCUUGCUUGAUUAGAUGGAUAAAACGAAAUAUGUUGGGGUGGCUGGUUACCAGUUUGUUCAUUUUCGAAUGCCAUCCUUCAACGUUGUUGGUUGUGCGUGGACGAGUUGUCUGAAAAUGGUUCCACAUAUCUCGCUCACCUCCUUCUACCCACUGCUCAGUCACGUAAUCGGUAAACCUCCAGAGCAUUCAGCCAGUAAUCGUCUAUGUUACUUUGUAGUACCAGUGGAAGAGCUGCUGCUCUGCGGACAAUCAAAUUAACCAUUGGACAAGUAGUCUUACAGCAUCUCCAAUGGACCCUAUCCCCUUUCCUGUUCGAAUUCUAAAUUUAUACCCUCUAUACACCAGAUUUUGGCCACCCUGAGCAUUUGGUAUGAAACUAACAUCUACUUGAACGUUUGCCAUCUUGUGAUAUCUGUCAGAUCAAUGUUGUUGACAAAUGACAGUGGUUCCAUAUAUAGUGUCCCCUGAACGGAGUUCACCACUUAAGUAAGUUUUAACAAAAAAUUGCUUAUCAUCAUGAUAAAAUAAGAUGAACACAGUCUACAUGCCAUAUGCUGAACGAAUAAUCUGUUGAACACAGUUCUAUACACCAUAAAAUUGGCUCACUUGAUUAAGCCAAUUAAGGCUGUUAAUUAAAAUCCGAUAAUCCAGGGAUUAAAAACUGGCACAGUGAGAGUACCCCGCAACAAAUCAGUCCAAUUAUCAAACUUUUGAUUAAAUUUAAAACAGUUUAAUUAGUUCCUUUAAAAUGACAAUACCUCUUUUAAUUGGCAAACAAUAAGUGUCAGUUAAAUUAGCGCCAGUGUACUAUGCUUAUUGGCUUUGUUAAGUUGAUUUACAUUAAAUUUUAGAUUUACUGUUUGAUCAAAAUUAGUAUCCUACUCUCAACAUGUUAAGCUCAGCUGACAUCUGCUUAAUGUUUCCAAAUUUUAUUGUAAAGAUUUUUUCGCCACGAAUCUAUCAGCCAAUUUUAACACUUUAUUUUGGCCUAAACCAGACUUGUAGCCCAUGGACCGGUUGUUGAAAGCUCCGUUAACUUAUAAUUGCCGUUAUAGUUAACGAAGGUGCUGGGCUGCGUUAUCUGUUUAAGGAUGGCAUUAGUCUUCUGUCAAUCGAAUUAUACCCUUAACAAAAAUUGCUAUUGAUUACCUCAUAGCACACUGUAUGGCGUAUGCCCGUCUUCAUUAGCGCAGUUUAGGAGCAGAACAGUAGGACGUUAAACCCCAUUUCAUUUCAUUUCUAUUAAUUACCAGUGUAAAAUUAUAUACAACAUUCUAGGGGGGGGGGGGGCAUGGUGACUCAUCGAGUAUGGGGUUGGCUCCCUAACCUGGAGGUCCCGUGUUCGAUCUCGUUGUUGGCCGAGAUUUUUUAUAGUGAUUUACGUGUGAACUUUUCACUGAGAUGCGUCAAGAAGAAACUGGUAGAUCUGUAUAUUGUUUCUGAGAAUUUGUCAUGCCUAAUAAUAAUAUAUAUAUAUCAUUCGUAUACCAAAUCUCAAUGGCUUGUCCAACAAGAAUAAAUCUUUCCGUUUGUUACCGGUAAUUAUAGUAUUAUUAUUUAGAGUAUGUUAUUGUUAUUUAUAGUAUAUUAUUGUUAUUUAUAUCAAUGAAAUAGUUGGUUUAAUAUUGCUUAAGUGUUAAAAUGUAGACUAUCCAUGUCGGAAUAAGGCUGAAUAGUAAAAGUGUGGGAGUUUAGGAAACCGUUACAUCAUAUGUAACAAUCAAUUAUUCUCUUUUAUACAUAUAUAAUAUAUAUGUAUUUAAUGUAUACUGAUUUUUUUGUCUGUUUAUAUAUAAUGAAUUUUGCUCACACAUUAAGAAGUAUAGCAAGCUUAUUUGCUAUACUAAAUAUCAUUCAUUGUACAUGUCGUAUAGAUUGACAAAUAUUAAAUAUGUAUCUAUUUUUCUUACAAUAAUUGUAUUAAUUCUAUAAAGGACAUCUAGAAGCACGGAUAGCUAUUUUAUUAUUAUAAAACAAGUAAAUUCUAUGUUGUGUUAGUGUAUAUAUGAUUAAAAUAAAUACAAACAAAAUCAC